CACAGGGCAUUUCUCCGGGGGACAAAAAACAAGCUGUCCGACUUAACCUGGAAAAACAAUGACUGGGUACCUCUCAUCCCUCCACUCAGGGUAUCUGCUGACUGGGCAACUUAACCAGGAAAGGAUGUGAUAGGGGCAUCUCACACCCCUAGAUAGGGCAGCUCUCCUGAAAGAGAGGGAAUUGUGACCGUCAAAGGCUUUAAUUGGUCAUCAUACAUCCCUACGCACAAGGAUUCUCUCCUGAAAGAUAGUCUGGGCACCUUCCCCAGGAAUGGCUGUGACUACUCCCCCCCAAUCUCCCUCCCUCCCUCCGCACACAUACACAUGACAUUCCUCCUGGAAAGAUACAGGCUGGGUACCUUUUCCAAUGCCAUGAUUCCUGCUCAGGAAGUCUAUUUUUAGACAGCGGCGCAGUGACCCUGGACUCUGAAAUGAAGGAGCUAGUUGCUUUCUUACUUCUAACAAGAUUUUAACACUGACCCAGUAUAUUGGAAUUUGGCUACCAUGACCAAGGAUAAUAAGGCCUACAAUUCAGUACCUGGGGCCCCAAUCAUCAGUGCUAAAUCCAUAGCUAACGCAACCAAGAAAGCUGAAAAGGCUGAGAAAGCGGAUAAAAAACUACGACGACGGCAGCGGUACGUGGAAAAAGAUGGUCGAUGUAACGUCCAGCAUGGAAAUGUCAGAGAGACAUAUCGCUAUCUGACUGACAUCUUCACAACCCUAGUGGACCUGAAAUGGAGAGUGAGCCUUUUAGUCUUUAGUCUUGCAUACGCCAUCACCUGGCUGUUUUUUGGUGUUAUCUGGUGGUUUAUUGCUUACUGUCGUGGGGACUUGGAUCACUUAGAAGACCAAUCAUGGACGCCUUGUGUCAACAACCUUAAUGGCUUUGUCUCUGCAUUCCUCUUUUCCAUUGAGACAGAAACCACCAUAGGUUACGGCCAUCGGGUCAUCACAGAUAAGUGUCCAGAGGGAAUUGUGUUGCUCCUUCUCCAGGCUAUUUUGGGUUCCAUGGUAAAUGCUUUCAUGGUGGGUUGCAUGUUUGUGAAGAUCUCCCAACCCAACAAAAGGGCAGAAACAUUGGUAUUCUCCUCGCAUGCAAUUAUCUCUCAAAGGGAUGACCGACUUUGCCUGAUGUUCCGAGUUGGAGACUUGCGCAACUCACACAUUGUAGAAGCCUCCAUUAGAGCCAAGCUCAUAAAGUCCAAACAAACACAGGAAGGAGAGUUUAUCCCGCUCAACCAAACGGACAUAAAUGUAGGGUUUGAGACUGGAGAUGAUCGCCUUUUCCUGGUAUCACCUCUCAUCAUUAGCCAUGAAAUCAACGAGCACAGUCCAUUCUGGGAUAUAUCCAAACGACAACUAGAGAAGGAUGAUUUUGAGAUUGUGGUAAUCUUGGAAGGCAUGGUGGAAGCUACAGGUAUGACGUGCCAGGCAAGGAGCUCAUACCUUGUGGAUGAGGUGCUUUGGGGACAUCGGUUCAUGUCUGUGCUUAGCCUUGAAGAUGGAUUCUACGAGGUGGAUUACAACACUUUUCACCAAACAUUUGAGGUUCCUACCCCAACAUGCAGUGCCCGAGAGAUGGCCGAAGCUGCUGCACGAAUGGAUGCCCAUCUCUACUGGUCAAUUCCAAGCCAGCUGGAUGAGAAGGUGGAGGAAGGGACAGAAAAAGAAAACAAGGAUAAGGAAAUAAAUGGAAGCCUGAACAGUCCUGAGAGUGAGCAAGUCCUCAUGGAAUGACUCGGGCUAUCAAAGAGACAUGUUUUUUUGCUUUUUUCUGGGUGGUAAAUGGUGGCAUCUACAGAAUUUCAAGAAUAAAUUGAGAAUCCCAGGGGAAGGGAGUUGGGCACUUCUGAGAAUGAUGGGGUGCACAACCCAUGGCACAAAUACAACAGUGUUUAAUAAUAAUCGCCCCAAUCUCCUUGCUAUUAUACAGUCUAGAAGUUGUCGGACAUGUUUCGACAAAGUUUGUUUACAUUUUCAUUAUUAUACCAAAGCAUAAGCACAAGACCAGAACCUGAUCAUUCAGAAAAGUGUGAACAUGGCUUGAUUUUAAGGACGCGAGUUAUUAAUAAUAUUCACUCACGUGAAAAUAUCUGUUAAGUUACAGGAAAUGUAUUGAUGGGAUGUAUCCACUAAAGGCCAAGUUCUAGUGGCAUGCACAGUGUGCCGUAGCAAAUAGCUGUAUUGGAGAAAAAUCUCAAAGUGGCAAAUUCAAGUUGGUUGCAAAGUGAGCUGUAGCAACUAACUCACUUUGCCUGGCUUGGUUAGAGUCAGGUGUAGGUAGAAACGGGUCCAUUGUGCAAGCUGGAGAUUUCAAGUUACAUUCUAACUUCAACAGUAAAAUUGCAAAUAAAUUUCAGAUGGAUACAAAUGUUUAUUCCCCCACCUGCAUAACUGUAGGAGAAGAAGCAGGUCGGUCUAUGAGCAUCCAUUAUAACAAGGGAAGACCCAAAAAACUGUUAUCACUAUACAUGUCCCGCAUGCCGCGCAGGUUUCCCCCACUUCUUCACCUUUCUGUGGCUAGUGAUUGGUGUUAAUAAUAUUAAUAGGAUUCCAUUGGAAACCACUAUUAACCUUCUGCAACUGUUAGUUUAUAGUAUGGAGCAGAUGUCGCCUCUGCAGCCGUCCAAUUACUGCCACAUCUUCUUUGUGUAAAAGUUAAGGCCUUGACUUAUGGGUCACCAAACCUGAUCCGUUAAAAAGUCUUCUUUCUGACUAGUAGUUGCAGUGCCCAUAACCAUCCUAAACCAGGCACCAGCUUGAUGGUCAGACCCUUUAGUUAUCUAAUUUUUUUGGAACUCCAUACUAUUACUUUACUGAAUAAUGGCAAUUACAGUGCCACUGAGUAUGCUCCUCAUCUGUUAAUAGGUGGUCUGGUAAACCCCAUGUCCAGCCUAAGAAACCACGGAAUGAAAAAGGAAUGGGGGGAACUGUGUAGCCUACCACUCAAUAUUAUGAAUCAAAUAUCCACCACUGUUGAGAUGUAGAAAAAUGGAAGAGGGACUUUCAUUUUACCAUAAUAAAGCCAUGCC